AUGAUUACCUCUACAAGGAGCAAUGAAACAAUAUGCUUACCUUAUAAAAGAUAUUAAAGAGCACUUCCUUUUAAAAUAAAUUAGAUAAUAGAGAAUGAUUCGAAAUAAAUAACAGUAGAACAUUACAGAUUAUAGAUUUUAUCUAAUUUACACGGAAUCUCCUCUAUUAGCAAAUUUCUAUUUAUACAUAAAUUCAAAGAUGAUAAAAUGAUUUUAGCUAUAAUUGAAGGGAGUACUGUUAUGAAAUUGUUAUUUUUUUAAAAUAAUUAAGCUAUAAAAAUAUAUAAAUUUCUGCUAUUUGCAAAUUUAAUCGACAUAUUUUUUAAUAGAUAAGCCAUGUUAAUAACAAUAGUUUAUUAACAGUCGAUAGAAAUUUACGAAAUAAAAUUCGAUGACAUAUAAAAGAGAAUAUAUUAAACUGGAAUAAUGAUAAUUAAGGCGAUGUAAUUAAAUUUUAUUGUUUAUUAUUUACUUGAAGAUUGUAAUAAGGUUGGGAUUAAACUUUUCUAAAAUAAGUUUGACUUUGAAUAAACUAAGUAUUUAUUUGAUUGUAAAACUUCCCUAUAAUUUAUUAAGGAUGAUGUUUAUAUUAACAAUUAUACUAUAUAGUUCAAAUUUAAAUCUUCCUACAUUCAUAAAUUAACAUUAAAAGAGUAGGUUAUUGAAGUAAGAAAUGUACUUGCUGAUUAUCUUUUAUUAUUCACUUGUUAUCAUAAUUAAUAAUAUGUUAAAUUAUAUCGAGUUUAUUAAGAUGAAUUGUUUAAACUUUACACUCUUCCUACAUAUAAUUAUUCUAUCUUAUUCCCAUUUUAAUAUAGAAUUUAAAAGUCAAUUGUAAUGAUAAAAGCUCAAAGUUUAAAUUAAAGUUUCUAUAUAUUGAUAUAUGAUAUUUUAUAAACAGCAGUUGAAUCCUUAAUUUCAAUUACUUAAAUUGAUGAAGAGGAAAGAUAUCAAUUUGAUUUUGCUAAUGAAAAUGAAUAUUACUUUUAAUUUCAAGAAUAAUUUUAUAUUUAAAAAUUGGAUUAACCAUGCUUUCUGCUCAAUUUAUCUUAAGACAGUUUUGAUUUUAUAUAAGAUAAACCACUUAAAAUUACUACUUACUCUUAAAUAAGCAACUAAAAUAUAGAUUUAGAAUUCCAUCUUAUUAAUAUUAAUAAAAAUUAUCGAUUAUAAUAAUUAAAUUUGAAUUAAAGUAUAUUGAAAGGGAAUAUUAUUAAAAUUGAGAAUAUCUUUGGAAAUAUUGAGACUGUUGAGAUUGUUGGAACAGAUAAUAUUUAAGUUAUUUUACCACUUAUAUUUAACAAUUAUUCUGUUAUAUGUGAGUAUUACAGAUUUGGUAUUUGUGUAAAUAGAUCAUAAAUAAUAAGAAAUAUUUUUGGUUAAAGCACAUCUAUAUUAUAUUCUUAAGAUAUCAAGUCAAAAGUUUAUUAUAUUGGAUAUAAUCCAGAUGAUUCUAAUCAUGCAAUUUAUACAUAAGAAAAUGGUGCACUAAUAAUUAGUCAAUUUAAUUUUAGCGAUUAAAAUUAAAUUUUACUCUAGAAAUACAAAAUCUUAAAUAAAACUGAUUGUAAUAUUUAAAUUUAUUUUAGAAUUCAUAAAUUUUAAACAAAUCUAUGAUUUAUAAAUAUUUAGAUAUUUAAAAGAUUUGUACUUUAUCAUGUUUUAAAAUAAGCCAAUUUUUAAUUAAAACCUUAUAGAUACUUUCCAAUUUGUUUAAUUUGACUUAUUAGAUGGCAUCAAAAUUAAUAAUUUUACUUACUUAAUUUUCAACAUAAAAUAAAUGUAGUUUGAAUUGAUAUUUAUAAAUUUUACCAAAAUAGAAGAUGAUGUAUAUUUUGCUAAUAUAUUUUUCAAUAAAAGUUACGAAUUAAAUAACUUAUUUCCUAAUAUUUCACCUUCAUUCCAUUAAGUUGACUUUAUGUUAAUUUAAAUCUAUUAGACCAUCAAGAAUAACAAUCAGAUUGAAAUCAAGUUUAUAGUUUUUCUUAAAUAUCAUUUAGCUUUGUUAAUGAGAAUGAUAUUAGAUCUAAAUAAUUUAGAUUAGAUUUAAUUUGAAUAAUAAGGAAUAAUACGAUAUGAAAAAGAUGUAUCAUUUAAAUAGUCACUCUUUAUUGAUAACAAUCAUAUAAUUUUAGCAUUUGAACUUGAUUAAAAUAUAUUUAUCAAUGUAUUUGAUAUUAGUAUAUUAUCAAAAACUAAAAAUAUUGAUAGCAUUUAAAAGUUGAAGGAUAAUAAUUAUACAGCUAUUGAAAGAUACAAUACAACACAUUUUGUUGUAGUUGAAAGAAUCAAGGAAUAUUAUCAUUAAGUUCAUUUACUUACAAUAGACAAAUUAAGACUUUAAUGCUAAUAAUAAUGUACUAAAACUGCUUAUUUAAAGUUGAGUAACAAUGUAUCAUAAAUUGUUAUUGAAAUUAAUUUUUCAACUGAAAAAGAUAUAAAUUUAGUUUCUUUACAACUUAUCAUCUUAAUAACUAAUUUCAUUUAUAUUUUUAUUAGAUUAUAUUGUAAAUAAAAGAGAAAAUGUAGAUGA